CUGCCCUCCGCCUCCUCCUCUCCGCCCACUCUCCUGGCGGCCGCGGCUUUGUCUCGUAGGCUGGUUCCCGGCGGCUCCCUCCCCUGAACAGCUGCCGCCAAGGGAGGAAGCGGCGCGGGAGCUGUCCAGCACCCUGGUGCUGAAACCCCGACCGCUCGUCAUCCACCAACACCAUGUAAGGGCCAUGAAAAGGGCUCGUCCUGGCGCAGCGCGGACAUGGAGGAGGACUUAUUCCAGCUAAGGCAGCUGCCGGUGGUGAAAUUCCGUCGCACGGGCGAGAGUGCAAGGUCAGAGGAUGACGCGGCUUCGGGAGAGCAUGAGGUCCAGAUUGAAGGGGUCCGCGUGGGCCUAGAGGCCAUCGAGCUGGAUGAUGGGGCAGCUGUGCCCAAGGAGUUUGCUAAUCCCACUGACGAUACUUUCAUGGUGGAAGAUGCAGUGGAAGCCAUUGGGUUUGGAAAAUUUCAAUGGAAGCUGUCUGUUCUCACCGGCUUGGCUUGGAUGGCCGAUGCCAUGGAAAUGAUGAUCCUGAGCAUCCUUGCACCCCAGCUACACUGCGAAUGGCGACUCCCCAGCUGGCAGGUUGCGUUACUGACCUCGGUAGUCUUUGUCGGCAUGAUGUCCAGCUCCACGCUCUGGGGAAACAUCUCAGACCAGUACGGCAGGAAAACAGUAAGGCGACCUCUCCUAAGUGCAUGUCCUCUGGGUUAUCUCCAUGGUGGCGUUGACAAGUAGGAAAACGGUGCUGCUUAGCAUUGGGGAGGCCCAAUGAGCUCUGUCGAAAUGCAAUGAGAAGACAUUGCUCUGAGGCCGUGGACUCUCGAAAUCACACAUGCCUAGUGGGGCCCAAGCGUGUACGUUUCAGAAUGCAGAAGAAGCUAUCGGUGCCCACCCCGGUCCCCUUGGCACUCACCAUUCCCUUACACGAGGCUGGGGGCAGUCAAGGGCUGGUAGAUAAAGACGUCAACUUUCUGGCCCUAAAUGAAUCAUCCCUCAAUCCCAGCAGCAUUGAACUCCGGGGCCCACCGUGGGAACCUGUCUGCCUUCCCCACUCCUCCUGGGAUCACCAUCUAAAUAAACUGUUUGUCUAGAA